CGUCGAGGUUUGACUAUAUUCGCCCAGAGAAACAUGGCUGAAACCGCUCCUGCUGCCCCACCGGCCAAAGCUCCUAAGAAGAAAGCGGCAUCCAAACCCAAGAAAGCGGGUCCAAAUGUCCGCGAUCUCAUCGUUAAGACUGUGACCGCUUCCAAGGAGAGACAAGGCGUGUCCCUCGCAGCCCUGAAGAAGGCUCUCUCUGCCGGCGGCUACGAUGUGGAGAAGAACAAUUCCCGCGUCAAAACCGCCGUCAAGGCCCUGGUGACUAACGGCACUCUGGUCCAGACUAAAGGAACAGGCGCCUCCGGUUCAUUCAAGUUGAACAAGAAGCAAGCCGAGCCCAAGAAGAAGCCAGCGGCCAAGAAAACUGCAGUGAAAGCCAAGAAACCCGCCGCUAAGAAGUCGCCCAAGAAGGUGAAGAAACCGACCGCCGUGAAGAAGGCGACAAAGAGCCCCAAGAAAGCCAAGAAGCCCGCAGCUGCCAAGAAAGCAACUAAAAGCCCCAAGAAGGCGAAGAAACCAGCGGCUGCCAAGAAAGCAACCAAGAGCCCCAAAAAGGCGAAAGUUGCAAAGCCCAAAACGGUGAAGCCGAAGGCGGCCAAGCCUAAGAAGGCCGCUGCCAAGAAGAAGUAAAUCUUAUUCUGUUCCAUAAUUCAACAAAACGGCUCUUUUAAGAGCCACCUACUUACUACAAAAGAACAACACUUCCACAUUGAUCUAAAGUGUGUCUUGGUAUUUACAGGAGCGGCCAUGCUUGUUUUCCCAACAUUUGAACAAAAAUUAGCAGAAUAUAUAUAUGGAGAUAUGGAGUAAA